AGGGAGGAGGUAGAGGAGGAGGAGGAGGAGGAGGAGGAGGAGCAGGCAGCAGGGAGGCUGGCUCAGAGAAGUGGUGGAGGGUGGUGGUUUAAGCUGCCUGCUGUAUUUUUGUAUGUGGGAUCUCCUGAAUUAAGCAAGCAAGCGGGAAUAAAGAUGUAGUGUGAGCUGGUGGAAGGAGGGGGACGGAACAAGAAGUGUGCUGUGCUGAGGAGAGGGCUGGACGUCCUGGCUCGACGGACGGACCCGCCGGACGGAGAUCUGAGGGGAAGACGAAGACAGAGGGUCCACUGGGUCAGGAAGAUGCCCUCUCGCUGCAGGAAUACGCUGAACAUCGUGGUGACCACCCUCUUUGCUGCAGUGGUCCUCUUCACCAUCCUGCUGGCCUAUGUCACAGGCUACCAGUUCAUCCACACCGAACAGCACCACCUGUCCUUCGGCCUCUAUGGUGCCUUCCUCUCCCUCCACCUCCUCCUUCAGAGCCUUUUCGCCUUCCUGGAGCAUCGGCGCAUGAGGAGCCCGGCCCGGCCCCAGCACCUCCGUCGCUCCGUGGCCCUCUGCAUCGCCGCCUACCAGGAGGACCCGGACUACCUGAGGAAGUGCUUGCGCAGCAUCCGUCGAAUCUCCUUCCCUGGCCUGAAGGUGGUGCUGGUGGUGGAUGGGAACCGGCCGGAGGACCGUUACAUGAUGGACAUUUUCCAGGAGGUGAUGGGGGGCGCUGACCAGGCCGGCAGUCUGGUGUGGAAGGGAAACUACCACAGUGAUGGGAGCGGAGGAGGUGGUGUUGGAGGCGGAGGCAGAAGCACAGUGCACAUGGAGGAGGCGGCACGAGUUGCUCGGCUGGUCAGAGGCUGUCGCUACUCCUGCGUCAUGCAGGAGUGGGGAGGGAAAAGAGAGGUGAUGUACACUGCCUUUAAAGCACUGGGGGACAGUGUGGACUAUGUGCAGGUGUGUGACUCAGACACAGUUCUGGAUCCAGCAUGUACCAUCGAAAUGCUGAAGAUCCUUGAGGAAGAUCCGAUGGUGGGAGGAGUCGGUGGAGACGUACAGAUCCUCAACAAGUACGACUCGUGGAUCUCCUUCCUGAGCAGUGUGCGCUACUGGAUGGCGUUCAACAUUGAGCGAGCCUGCCAGUCCUACUUUGGCUGUGUCCAGUGUAUCAGUGGCCCCCUGGGGAUGUACAGGAACUCCUUGCUCCAGCGUUUCCUGGAGCCCUGGUACCACCAGACCUUCCUGGGCUCCAAGUGCAGCUUCGGCGAUGACCGCCACCUCACCAAUCGGGUGCUCAGCUUCGGCUACAAGACGAAAUUCACGGCGCGAUCGCAGUGCCAGACUGAGACGCCGACCGAGUAUCUGCGUUGGCUCAACCAGCAGACUAGAUGGAGCAAGUCCUACUUCCGUGAGUGGCUCUACAACGCCCUGUGGUUCCACAAGCACAGCCUCUGGAUGACCUACGAGUCUGUGGUCACCGGCUUCUUCCCCUUCUUCUUGGUUGCCACCGUCAUCCAUCUCUUCUACCGUGGAAGGCUGUGGAACAUCCUGCUCUUUCUACUGACCGUGCAGCUGGUCGGGAUGGUGAAGGCAACCUACGCCUGUUUCCUGCGUGGCAGCUUGGUCAUGAUCUUCAUGUCGCUCUACUCUCUGAUCUACAUGUCCAGCUUGCUCCCUGCCAAAAUAUUUGCCUUGCUCACCAUCAACAAGGCUGGAUGGGGAACUUCGGGCCGCAGGAAGAUCGUCGUCAACCUGAUUGGCGCCGUGCCCGUCACGGUGUGGGCGAUGGUGCUGCUCGGAGGUGUGGUGUAUACGGUCUACUGUGAAACACAGGAGCCGUUCAGUGAGACAGAGAAAGCCUUGUUGAUAACAGGGACAAUACUCUACGCCUGCUACUGGGUCAUUCUGCUGGUGCUCUACCUUGCAAUCAUAGCCAAACGGUGUAACAAGAGGGAGGAGCAGUAUCACCUGCCAUAUGCAGAGGCAUAAACCUGUUACCAGGGAGACUGGUAGGACAUUCGCGCCACAUUUCACUGCAGUAUGACUCUAGCACGGUCUCUGUUGACCCUGUGCACUGCUAGAGUGAUGAGCUGUGAACCAGGAACACACUCACAUCUUCAUCACUGGUGCUAAAAAAAAAAAAAGGUGUGAAUCUGCAAUCUGAGCAGCAGGAAGUGAAUCCAGUUGGGGAAGACUCAGAGAUGACUGGAUCCAUACAGCUUCCCCAUUUAUAUCAUUCUCAAUGGUGCUUCAUAUUGAAAAACCAAACCAAACCGAACUGACCCAGGUUAUCAAGUGUUCAUACACUGAUGUGAUAGUGACGUGCUCAGAAGAACAUUAGGUAGUUUGUGGGUACAGGUUAGCGGUUAAACUGACCGGAGGGUGCGAGUAAGAGAGUUAAAGGUCUUAGUUACUGGUUGGUCAGUUUUUCGUGUUCUUCAUUUUAAUAAAGAUGAGAUGGGAUCAAAUGUAACGGAACUGAGCUUCUAUUAUAAAACAAAAAAAACAAUCAACAAAAUAGCAAGGUAGUUUUCUCAGAUUAGUCAACGCACCCCUUUUUCAGACAGGAAGUGAACCUCAGACGGAUUUAGACACUGGAGCGCAUCUGGAUGGUGUUCAGACAGAAACGUAAAGUAAUUGUAUGUAGUGAAGCUGCCGACAGAAUCAAAUUAAAGACCCGGCUGGGCGUAAACGAAUAGAUGUGAAUUUGUCGGCACAAGUUGAAAACGUGUCGACCUGAGCGUAAAAAUGUGCUGAUUUUGGUGCUUUAUGAAUAUGUUUUAUAAAAGUACAGAGAUGAGGGAAAAACUGACUGAAGGGAAAAUAAUAGAAAGACCUGGAGUACCUUCCAUCAAACUCUCGGUAAGACAGCGAACAAGCUUACCCCCAAACUUCAAAGUAACAGAGCUUUACUGGGAUUAAUAACUCUGAUAUAGUUACUGAUUGUCAAAUUACAACCCUUUACAUUACUUGCUAGUGAAAAUACUAAGUAAUGUGUUACAAAUCACCACUGAAUAUGAGGCUUCAGCAGACUGAGAGUAUUUCCCUGUAAAAAAAAAAAAAAAAAUUCCCUCUUUGUGUUUCCACUUCGUGAGCCACAGCUAAAGGAUACUGAAAAGUGCAGUCGCAGAGGGAAGGACGUUGCUACAGAGACAGAACGGACAGGAGCAAUCAUCACAGCAACGUACAUACAGUAUAGUCAUGUGAGUAGUGUAUUCAGAUGGACCUUAGAACUCCAAAGCGAUCCUUUAAGUGCACGUUCUGAGACGUACCAGUUUUAAGGAAGUACUCUAAAGAGAGCACGAGAAGUUCUCUUGAGCCCACGUCUCGCAGCUGGAUGCAGCGGUGUGGAACCAGCUCUCUCAUCAGCCAUCAACAGCACAAUCAUCUGCUCCAGCUGUAUUUUGUGAAGCAGCUGUGAUCUACCAGACCAGACAAUCUAACAUAUCUGAACAUGUGACAUGCAGUUGUAUCUUUGGUGCUGUUGAGCAGUGUCAAAUGAGUAAACUUAUCGUUGUACAUCGUGGUCCAAUUCUCAGCUUACAGUGGUUUCAUUCAGAGGUUUUUUACAAGGUGACUUUUACAUAUUGUGAAGGUGCCAAAUUAUGUUUGUGUAACAGUAAAGUUUUACUACUGGACUCUAUUCUCUUAACUGGACAUUUGUGUCGUUUUACAUGAGGUGUAGACUUUGUUUAUUCAUCCCAUCAACACCAGAGUAAAGACUGAAAACCAAAGAGAUUUCUCUGAAGUGAGGGCUUUGCUUUCACUUGUUUCUUUAUUGUUUUCAAAUGUCAUAUGAUCUCAGAUCCGUCCACCUGUCAAGUAUGACACCAUCAGCAAUAUCUGUAUCUACACUGACAGCGGUGGACAUUUCCUCUUUGUGCCAUUUAAGUUAUGUUCAUGUGGUUUUACUUUGAGCGGGCUGUAUGAGUUUAAACUUGAAAGUUCAACAAGGACACAUACAUUAAAGAGACAUUGUGUUUA